AGGUAUUCAAGGUAGCCGUCAUUGUGAAUUUUUAGAUAAUUUUUAUAAUUUUUUACCUUUUAUCUCUAAAAUAUUGCAAAACAUAAGUUUUCUAUUAAUCCAGGAAUCUAGUUUUGGUUAUAAUCAAUUGUUAACGAUGAGUACGAAAAUCAUUAAAGCUGGUGCCGCGGAGGCUGACCCGUUCGAGACCUCGAUCUCGCAGGCGCUGGUCGAGUUGGAGACCAACUCUGACCUAAAAGCUCAACUGAGGGAGCUUUACAUUACUAAAGCUAAGGAAAUUGAACUACACAAUAAAAAGUCAAUCAUCAUCUACGUGCCCAUGCCCAAGCUGAAGGCAUUCCAAAAGAUUCAGAUCCGCCUGGUGCGGGAAUUGGAAAAGAAGUUCAGCGGCAAACACGUAGUAUUCAUUGGUGAUCGCAAAAUCCUCCCCAAGCCUAGCCACAAGACACGUGUAGCUAACAAACAAAAGAGGCCACGAUCCAGGACCCUAACGUCGGUAUAUGACGCUAUCUUGGAGGACUUAGUUUUCCCUGCUGAGAUUGUGGGCAAGCGCAUCAGGAUCAAGUUGGAUGGCUCACAGCUCAUCAAAGUGCACCUCGACAAGAAUCAGCAGACCACUAUUGAACACAAGGUGGACACCUUCCAGUCCGUGUACAAGAAGCUGACGGGUCGCGAAGUCACCUUCGAGUUCCCGGAGCCCUACUUGUAAAUUAGACUAUGACUUUACAAUAAACAUAAAAACUUA